CACGAGCUUGUAGCAGCUAUGCCCUGCCGCAAGUAGGAUACUCUCACAAUCUCUUCCUGACCUUCCUUGCUUCUUAAAUUAAGCAGUCAUUCGAAACCAAAAUCAUAAUCAACAGGGUCGCCUUCACAAUAUCAUACUAGUAGCAAAGCGCCAAAGAUGGCCGAGAAAGCAAGAGUCCUCCUCAUCGGGAGCGGCGGCAUCGGUACAAUGACAGCCUUAAACCUCGAACGCGGCGGCCAUGCUGUCGUGACGGCGGUGCUGAGGUCCAACUACACCGCAGUCAAGGAGAAAGGGUUCACGAUCGAUUCAUGCGACCACGGCAAGCUUGAUGGCUGGCGACCGACGGAGAUCCUCAAUAAAAUCCCAGAUGUCUCGGCAGACUCGUCCAUCAAGCCAUUCGACUACAUCAUCUGCACGACGAAAAACAUCCCCGAUGUCCCGCCUACAUUAGUCGACAUCAUCAAGCCAGCAGUGACACCGGGCCACUCUGUCAUUGUGCUGAUCCAAAACGGGCUCAACAUCGAGAAGCCGCUUCACAAGGAAUUCCCCACGAACAUUGUGCUGUCUGGCGUAUCGUUCAUGGGCGCCGACGAAGUCAAACCGGGCCACAUCCUCGAAAAUGAUACUGAUCGACUGUCCGUGGGCCCAUUCUUCAACCCCGCUCUAGACAUCGAAGCCCAGGUCGCUGCAGCCGAGAAAUUCGUCAGAAUCUACUCUGCGACCGGAAAAGUGCAAUGCUCGUACGAAAGAGACGUGCUGUUCGUCCGGUGGAGGAAGCUGCUGUACAAUGCCGUCUGGAACCCGAUCUGUGCAAUCACGGAGAUGGACACGACGCGUCUGCGACUCGCUUCCGACGAGGACGACGGCUCUAGUCCGCUCAACACGCUCGUCAGGCCUGCGAUGAACGAGGUUCGUGCUGCAGCCAAAGCAGUGGCAAAUGUCGAGCUGCCUGAGUCGUUGGUGGAAGUCAUGGUCGACGCAGACCCCCUCGAGAUCUGGUGCGCACCGAGUAUGAUGCAGGACACGCGGAAAAAGAGAUUCAUCGAGUACGAGUACCUGGUUGGCGAGGCAUUGAGGGCAGGCGAGAAAGCGGGGGUGUCGAUGCCGACGCUAAGAUGCAUUUACGGCUUCUGCAAGGCCGUGCAAUGGCGGACGAAAGAAUACAAUGGCUUGGUGGAUCCGCAGAAGCUGAUGGAGGAGAGGAAGAAGCUCCAAGGCUGAAUCUCGAGGCAGUAGUGUCGAAUGAUCUGGGUUGUCCAUUAUAUUCGAGCGAGCAUCUGGCUCCGGAGAAACAAUCAGAAGUCGUUGGUGAAAAGUGGAUGUUGAAUCUGUAGUGAGGUCUGAUCCUUACUCCAUCGUUUGACUUCCUAUUCUGUGGCCGAAACACGUUGUUCCAUGAGCAUUCCUACAGCAAUACCGCAAGGGCUCGUGUCGUCGUCCAGCAGAGCAUCAGAAGUGUGGCUAACGCUGGGAACAGGUCUCUCGAUCAUCGCGUGACAUCUCCAGGAGAGAAUACCAUGACUUCUCUGUGCAGCAAGGCGAGCCUUGGCCUUGUGAGCCCGUCCAUAUAGCUAGAUACUAGUACAUAACAGAGUCAAC